AUGACGCCGCGGCGCCUGCCCACAACCCGCUCGGCGAGGCGGGCGGUGCAGCAGCGCACGCCCGUGUACUGCCCCGAGUACUGCAGGACGGGGUCCUGUCCGCGGCGGGGCAGGGGGUGCAGCCUGCGGCACGACCCCACCAAGCGCGCCGUCUGCGCCCGGUGGCUGGCGGGCAGCUGCCCGCUGGGUCCCACCUGUCCCCUCCAGCACCAGCGGGUGGCCGAGCUCAUGCCCCUCUGCAUCCAUUUCAUCAAGGGUUCCUGCGCGAAUGGAAACUGCCCGUACCUGCACGUCAAACUCGUGGCCACCGCUCCGGUGUGCGCACGCUUUCUCAAAGGGUACUGCCCAGCCGGGGCGCGGUGCCCGCACCGUCAUCUCACGCUGCGCAUGCUGCGCGAAGAGCGCAGGCUGACGGCGCCCCUCCAAUUGAAGGCAUCAUUUGGGCGGGAUGGGAGAGGGGUGUGGGCUUUUUUGAAGGGGGGGUGGAGGAUCCUCAGGACCUGUGUGGGAUGA